CGCCAACAGCGGCAACAACAGCAACAGCACAGCACACAACAACACACUACAGCGUGAGCGUAGCGACAACAUUGUUUGGGGUUUUAUUCAUGGAAUUUUACAUUUUGUACUAAGUCAAAUAAUGAUUUAAAGCCUUUAAAAUGGCAAUGGCCAGAACUGUUGAAGUAACCGAUCAAGGAUCAUUCAUACCAGCUUCUCAACGACCCGAUGGUAGUUGGCGGAAACCUCGCAGAGUAAAGGAAGGCUACGUUCCACAAGAGGAAGUCCCUCUGUACGAGAGCAAAGGAAAGCAAUGGGCCAACAACCAGAACCGACAGUAUCCCGUGGGUUUGGACCCAGCCAUCAUCAAAGCACGAGAAGAAGCAAAAGCAGCAGCUGCUAAAAUCAAGUCUCCCAUUCCAGGACUUGUAAUUGAAAAUGAUGGUAAAAAGAAAAAGAAAAAAAAGAAGACUGGGGAAAAUGACACUAGCGAACAUGUGCCAGAGAAAAGUACUAAUAUUACAACUAAAUCUUCUGACCCAAGUGAUGAGUGGAAAACGGUCCCGUCUAAAAGUGCAAAAGCUUCAAAAUCUGAACCAGUUGCUCAAAAUGCAGUUCCGGCUGCAGCUGAUCCUGCCAAGAGAUUGAAAAAUCUAAAGAAAAAACUCAGAGAAAUUGAAACAAUCGAGGCAAAAAUUUCAGCUGGCGAGAUCAAGAAGCCAGACAAAGAUCAACUUGAGAAAGUCAAUAGGAAAUCUGAGGUGUUGAGUGAAAUUUUUGCCUUGGAGAUGAGUUUGGAUGAUUGAAGAAAACUUGAGUCACGAUACUAGCAAUUGUUUUAAUGUUUUUUUAUUACCAUACGCUACUAUGUCGAGAAGUAGGUGUUUAUGGUACGAACAUGAUAGUUCCCCUGCGGGGCUUGUCGGGCACGACAAUUCAUGUGAGUACUGUUAUCUUCCUGGAUGAGUCGCUUAUAACAUUAUUUGCCAUACUGCCGUCAACAAGUUUCACAUACCGGUACACUCUUUUGCUAAUUCAGACAUGUAAAACAUACAUAAUAAUCAUUGUUAACUUCACUAAUAUUUCUAUGAUUGAGCCACUUUUAAAACAUGGAAAACUUUGUGCGGGAGUGGUUGCUUUGUUUAAAACCUAAUACAAAACUGGCUGGCAAAUUUACCGAGCUUCAGCUGACUUACCAGUCCCUAUUUAGCGAAUUUCCCUUUAGGGAAUUUUCUAAAAUUACCUUAGGUGGCACAGUAAGACGUAGGUCCAGGACCGAUUUACUUUUUAUUUUUAUGUCCCUAGAGGCCAAAAACACCAUUUGUUCAAAUUUUUAUGUAGGCCUAUUUAAAAGUUAAAUAAAAAAUGAAUUUUAGGGUACUCUGGUUUUUAUUAUUUCAUGUAUUAAUUGAAAAAGUAGCCCUAAAAAGUGAACAGAACUAUUAAAAAAAUAUAUAUACUAUACUGGUAGGCCUAUAGGCUAUGUGUCCGUGAUUGCAAUAACUUGAGUAAUUUCUGAUAGAUUUUGAUUAAAUUUGGCUUGGAGGUGUAAGGCAGGAUAAACUUGAAUGAGCUCACAAACCAGCAUGAUCGCACCAUGGGAACGGGGUUUUACAGCAGGUCUUAUGAGUUAAAAAUUAGUUUUCCACAUUUUUGACCCUCAAAACACAAAGUUUCCAAAUAUUUCUCUUGACCUUUUAAAAGAGCUUUAAAAACAAAUGAUGUAGUAUAUCUAAGUGUUUUUUUGUUUUUAGCGAAUUUCCCUAUAGGGAAGUAGCUAUUACCGUAGGUGGCACGGUAAGACCUAGACCCGGGACUGAUUUACUUUUUCAUUUUGAUGUCCCCAGAGGCCAAAAACACCAUUCGUUCAAAUUUGUGUAUAUAUAUAUAUAUACGUCCGUGAACGCGAUAACUUGAGUAAUUUUUGUCCGAUUUUGAUGAAAUUUGGUUUAAAGGUGUAAAGCGGGAUAAACUUGAAUGAGUUCGCGAACCAGCACGGUCGGACCAUGGGAACGGGGCUUUACGGGGGGUUUUAUGGGGUAAAAUUGGUUUUUCUCACUUUUGACCCUCAAAACACAAAAUUUCCCGAUUUCUCUUUAGACCUUUUUAAAGAGCUUAAAAAAACAAAUAAUUUAGUAUAUAAAAGUAUUUUUGUUCGAUUAUUAGUAACGGAGAAAAUUAAAAAAAUUUAAAAUUUAAAAUUCCCAUGUUAUUCUUAUGGAGAAUAUUGUCAAAUGUUGUAGUUUGUUUGUUUAUGGAUAUAUUUUGAUCAAACUUGGCAAAUUUAUUUAUUUAGUACUAAGCUAUCAAUAUUUUACUCAAAAACACACUUUAUUAGUUUCCUUGUAGCAGCAAACCUAGGUACCCGUUAAACCUAAUGUUAUUAAAAUAUAUUUAACUGAAAAUCAAUUCAGACAAAUGGAAAUUUGCUUAGUCGGCAGGUUUGCUGCGGCGGGGGUAUUUUAUAUAGCUAUUGGUAACAGAGAAAAUUCAAAAAAUUUUAAGUUACAAAUUCCCAUAUUAUUUAUAUGGAGAAGGUUGUAAAAUGUUUUAGUUUGCUUAUGGAUAUAUUCUGAUCAAACUUGGUAAAUUAUUUACUUUAAAUACUGAGCUAUUAAUAUUUGACAAAAAACCGCACUUAUAUUAAUUAGUUUCCCUCUAGCAACGAACCUAGGUACUUGUUAAACCUAAUGUUAAUUUAAAUUUAAUUGAAAAUCAAUUCAGGCAGAUUGAAAUUUGCUUAGUCAGCAAGUUUGCUGCGGUGGGGUAUUGUUCUACUUUCCGGUAUGGAGUAAACCAGUUUUUUACUAGGUAGUGUGGCAAAACAUUAUUAUUUAGGUGUUCUGUAAAUAACAAACCAUAGAUUUGACAUAAUUGUAUAUAAUUCACAUCAAUCAUUUAGGAAUUUAAAUUUUGUAUUUUAUAAUUUUUCAUGGUUUUAAACUAUAUAAUAGGAUGUUCAAGGGUUGAAAUAGACAUAAUAUAUAACAUCUCAAUAUAA